UCCACAGGUUGAAGGUGAUAUGAAGCAGUCGGUGCACCGAUCGCUGCAGGUGUGUUGGGUUACGCUGAGAAACUGAAGCUGCUGCCUGCUGGCUUUGGUUACCGGUCAGGUCGCUGUGGACGUGACAGCGGGACGGGACAAGGUUCACAGGUCUUUAUCAGCUCAGUGGAAUGUCGGCGAUGACGGGGUGGGACGCAGGACGGGCCUGAAACAGGUGAGGCACGACAGCACAGCCUACAAACGACAGCAGGAUUAAAACGGAGCUGAUGAGCUUCUUUCAUUCAGAUGACAGCCGACUCCUGCUUGUUUUGGCUGAACUCUGACAAACUUUGAGGAUGUAGACACCUGUCUUUCACCUGGAAUUCACCUCUUCGGAUUCAGAUGAAGCUGAACAUCCACCCAGAACAGCCUUCAGUCUGAGCAGUUUAGUUGAGGUGAGCCGGACCUGUGGGACGGGUCAUGUAUGUCCUGUGCACCCUGGCGGUCCUGACCCUCCACAGCCUCUUCAAGAGCUGGAACAACAAGGCCUUGGAGGCCGGCAGGAGGUCGGAGGCUGCGAGGCAGGAUCGUCGGCCGGAGGAUGGAGGCAUCCCGGAGUUGUGGGGAGCGUCCAGGCCUCGUGAUGAUCCGGUGCGGAGCGAGGAAUGCGGAGGACUGGGGAGCUACGGAGUUGAAAGGAAGCGGCGGCGAGGAGGCAGCUUACGUAACGUCCCUGACAGCAGGAAGCAAGUUCAGCCGGUCCAGCGGUCCAGCGCUUUGCUCAGCCCGGCGGUCAUGUUCAGUACCAGAAAGACCUGGGACCUCAGCCACGCCCCCUGCCUGCAGGAGCUCUGGAAGACAGACGUCUCAUUGGACGCGAGCUCAGUGGACUUCCUGAUGAGUGAUGUUGAAGACGACGGCUCCUUCCUGUCUCUGCCCACCGCCGCCUUCUCACAGCGCCCCCCUCUGACCGCAGAGCUGCCCGAAACAAACACACCCAGCCAGCAGCUGCUCAUCCAGAGUCUACAGGACAAAGUGUGUGAGUUUCAGACUCGUCUUCGCUCUGAAGAAGUCACCCGUCGCCUGCUGCUCCAGCAGGUGCAGCAGCAGCCGCCGCCGCCGCCGAGCAUUCAGACGUCUGCACCACCCAACGGUGUGAGGGUGUUGCAGCCAGGUGAACGACCUUCAGAUCACCUCAGCUGUACAGGAGAGCAGCUCGUUACUCGGCUGCGAAUACAGGUGGAGGAGCUGGAGGAGAAGCUAUUGGAUCAGACUCAGGAGGUGGAGAGACUUCGCUCUGAACUGGGGGCGACAGACCUGGAGAAGCAGCUGGAGCUGCUGGUGGUGGAGAACCAGCGUCUGAAGCAGGAGCUGAAGUUAUGCAGGAGCUCAGAGCUUCAGAGCCCCGACGCUGCAGAGACCUGCACCUGCAGCCACUGCCCUCACAGUCAGGAUGCAGAGUCCCUGCGGAGGGAGGUGUCUCGCUGGGAGAGCCAGGCCCGGCAGAGGGAGCGACGGCUGGCUGAGCUGGAGCGAGACCUGCUGGAGAAAACCAGCAGAGUGGAGAGUGUCCGCCAGCAGCUGGACGAGUCGACCCUGCGGCUGGACGACAGUCGGAGGCAGCUGGCGGAGACGAGGCGGAGGCAGGGGGAGACCGAGCAGAAGCUCACACUCCGACUACAGGAGUGUGAGGAGGAGCUCGUCAGACAGGCAGCAACGCCCCCCAGAGUCCAGUACGUGACUCAGACGGUGGAGGUGGAGUCAGCUGACUCUCAGAAAGCUCUGGCUGAGCUGCAGACGAAGAACACCAGCCUGCAGGAGCAGCUGUCUGCGCAGAGGCAGCUGCUGAGGGAGCUCGAGACGCAGCUGCGGGAGUCGCAGAGGACCUGCGCUCAGCUCAGGACACAGCUGCUCACCGAUCGAGGCCGUCUGUGCGGCUUCCUCUCCAAGGCCAUCGGCAGGGGCAACAGCGAGGUGGUUCGCAGGUUGUCCAAGAUCCUGGUGUAUGAAGGAGAAAUGGAGCGAGCUCAGGGUCAGCUGGAGGCCGAGAUGCAGAACCUGGAGGAGGAGAAGAACCGUGUGAUCGAGGAGGCGUUCAUUAGAGCCGAGAGCGAGAUGAAGGCUGUCCACGAGAACCUGGCGGGAGUGCGUAUGAACCUGCUGAGCCUGCAGCCGGCACUCAGGACGCUCACCUGUGACUACAACUGUCUGAAGAGGCAGGUGCAGGACUUCCCCUUCAUGCUGGACAAAGCGAUCACAGAGGCCAAGCAGGAGAUCUGUCAGGUGAUCAGUGAGGUGAGCAGCACCAAUCAGGAGCUGCUGCGUAAAUACAAGAGAGAGAUGAACCUGAGGAAGAAAUGUCACAACGAGCUGGUCCGACUCAAAGGUAACAUCCGUGUCUUCUGCCGCGUCCGGCCCGUCAGUCAGGAAGAGCAGGACUCCGCCGACGCCAAAACUAUGCUGAGCUUCGACUCUGACGACGACGCCAUCCUCUACCUCUCCAACAAGGGCAAAAUCAUGACCUUCGAACUGGACAAAGUCUUCCCUCCUCAUGCCACACAGGAAGAGGUGUUUCAGGAAGUCCAGUCUCUGGUCACUUCCUGUAUCGACGGUUUUAACGUCUGCAUCUUUGCCUAUGGACAGACUGGCUCUGGGAAAACCUACACCAUGGAGGGUGUGGAGGACGACCCCGGCAUCAACCAGCGAGCUCUCCGCCUGCUGUUCUCUGAGGUGACGGAGAAAGCUCCAGAUUGGGAGUACAACAUCACGGUCAGCAUGGUGGAGAUCUACAACGAGACGCUGCGGAACCUGCUGGGUGAGAGUCUCACAGACAAGCUGGACAUUAAGAUGAACCCUGAUGGCAGCGGACAGCUCUACGUCCCUGGACUGACCGAGUUCACCGUCCAGAGCCCAGAGGACAUCAACAGGGUGUUUGAGUUGGGCCACAUGAACAGAGCAACAGCCUGCACCAACCUGAAUGAGCACAGCUCCCGUUCACACGCUCUGCUCAUCAUCACCGUGUCCGGAUUCAACUCUGCUACUGGGACCCGCACACAAGGUAAGCUGAACCUGGUGGACUUGGCGGGCUCAGAGAGGAUUGCUAAGUCGGGGGCGGAGGGCAGUCGCCUCAGAGAAGCCCAGUGCAUCAACAAGUCUCUGUCGGCGCUCGGUGAUGUCAUUAACGCGCUGCGGAGCAAACACUCACACGUCCCGUUCAGAAACUCGCGCCUCACAUACCUGCUGCAGGACUCGCUGAGUGGAGACAGCAAGACGCUCAUGAUGGUGCAGGUGUCUCCGCUGCCGAGCAACAUGAGCGAGUCCGUCUGCUCGCUGAAGUUUGCUCAGCGAGUUCGCAGCGUCGAGCUGAGCUCCUCGUCCUCAUCGUCCAGGAGACACGAGAACUCGUCCACCUCAUCCUCGCCGACCCACGACAGCGUCGAGCUGGACUCCCCCCCGGUGACCCCCGUCCCUCUCCCCAUCUCUCGGGCCAGCAGUGCCGGCUCCACCCUCUCCUCCGCCUCCAGGACUCCCAGCGGCUCCCGCAGGAGGUCCCAGUCACAGCUGUCUACAGACAGGCAGGUAGACAGAGCCAGCCCAUUGGUGGGGGACGGUGGGCAGGACGACUGAAACUGACAGCCUGAGAGACUCGGUGGACGACCGCGGGGUGGCGGCCAGCACCCUGUCGGGACGCCACCUCCUCGUCCCCCAAUGGGAGCCGGACGAAGAGCAAAGACUGCUGGGACCUUUAAUCAAUACAGACUGUUGUCUCUGUCGUCCACCAGCACAGGACACGGCCAGAUGUUUGAAGCUUUGAAUCUUGUUGGUGUGAUGAUUUGGUGGACGUUUGAACCGCUGCAGCGCCCCCAUCUGGACUGAACUGACAUUUCUAUCAGAUGAACAGUAUACGCUUUCCAAUCAGUAUUUCUUUUAUUGUUUCUUUGUAAAGUUGCACUUUAAAUUGGUAGAUUCUUUCUAACCCACAGCUCCAGAUGUGGUUGAUUUUAAUAUAUUCAUAAUGUGGCUCUUUAUUUAUGUUUGAAAUGCUUUAAUUCUGUUUUUGUUUUGACUCCGCUUUGUCCUCUUGGUGGCUGAUGCCACAGCGUUUGCUGAGGUUGAUCUUAACAUUCUGAGACGAAAGCUUUCUGACUUAAUCCUCAGAUUGUUUCUCUAACAGAGACUGUCCCUGUGUCCCCGCUGUCCUCCUUUAUCCAGCUGGGGUACACCACUGAUAGCGAGCUGUCCAAUAAGACGUGAGCAAUACGAGGAAGACUUCUUGUGUAUGUGAUUGUUGUUAAUCCGUGUUGUUUUUCACGCAGAGUUGAACAAAAAGCCGCUCAGACGUUCGCUUUCCUGGACUGUUUGUCCUCGUGUCCUCCUGCUGUCCUCGAGUCACGUCUGUAGAGACCAGAUGUUGGCACCACACCUGUAGCUGAUGACACGGUGCUGAUGCAGGUGGAGUUAGUUGUAGCUGUAGUAACAGGAAUGAGCUGCUGAUAAUCAGCCUGUCUGCUUGCUUCGUCUCCGCUGUAGAUUUCUACAGUUUGGGUUUUUUGUAUUGUCUUUUUAAUAAACGGUCCCAAACACA